AGGAAUUUAUCCCACUCCAUUUUAUCCCCUUUCGAACGAAUUUCACGCAGUACUUCUCGUUUAUUUACGGUUUGUACCUGUAGUACUGUUCACGACUGAAUGAAAACUGUCAGUUCUCAGACACUAUGGAAAAUACCGCCCCUGGGGAGAAGAAGGAAGCGCAACUCGCCGAGCCGCUUCUGACCGCUGCCGUUGACCCAGCCACGUUACAACUGCAACAACAGCAAUUGCUGCAGCAACAGCAACUGUUCCAGCAACCCCCAGCAGCGAGCGCGUAUACUCCGCUUGCAACUACAGCCAACCCAGCCCAAUUCCUUCCGCAACCCGAGGGAGAGGCACCUCCUCCCAACGUGGUAAGCGAGGGCGAAAAGCAAGUUCUCUCAGUUCCGGUUCUUCCAACGAAGUUCCUGGUCACCCCGACCGUACCUCCGACUGCAGCCGACGUGACUACAACUGGUCCUGUAGCAGCUGCGCCACAAAUUACGUCAAGUCCGGCUGCUCCGGCACCUCCUGCAGUUCCAACCUACGCGACCGACCCAGCCAGUGCGCUGCCUGGCGUCCAAGCUGCACCGGUAUCGCCGGACUACUUUCACCAGGCACAGCCCAUCGGGUUCAGAGUCACUAAAGGCAGCGUAAGUGGCGCGACCACCCCGAGAGCCGGGUUUUCCGUGGAUUCCCCCUUCACCCUUGCGGUUCCCUCGCUAGACGUUCGCACCGGCGGGGCACUGGUGCGUCAAGUUCAAGGCGUCAUAGAACCGCACUGGGCACUGGAUCUACCGAUCCUGACAUGUAUUGAAUGUUACCUGAUCUUUUUGGUUCAGAGGAUGCCAUUGUCAGUGAAUUUAUAUAUGCAAGUAGUGGACUUAGCGUUAGGCGGUAGCUGACGAGCUCGAUCACUAACGCAUACGCAAAAUGUCGCAAAAGGUUUUUUCUUGUAAACAUCAUCGAAAAAUAAUCAAACUGUUCUAUCACAGCACGUCGUCGCAGCAGAUCUCGAAGUCUCGGUAAGGAGGUUAGUGUGAGCAAGAGUCCCAGCACCGUCGGAAUGCAACCAGACGGACGCGACCUUGGGCAAACCGAAAGAGACCUUGUGCGUGCGAGAAAUCUCGCGCAGUUUUUCCUCGCCGAGCGCAACGGUAUUUUGGCGGAAAGGAACGAGCCGGUGCCUGAUUUCUUCCAGCGCGGCCCCUACUCCGCUCGCAGCGCCCAGCCCGGAGGCAUGUACAACUACGGCUUGAACCCUAGACUUUACAGCCCACCGGUGCCGCUGCCGGCACAGGCGGACCCGAUGGUGGGGCUAAAGACGGCACAGGACUACUACACCGCCUACCAGCCGCUAGGGCUUCCCCCGUCUCCCCCGGUCGCCGGUAUGAUGCAACCGGCGCCACAGAUGGGACAAGCACAAGCCGCACCACAACCCGUGGCCGCACCUACACCCGACGUUGCAGUUGCGAGUUCGAGUGCUGUUCCCGCCGUUUCAUCACAAGACAUGCCCGGUAGCAGCGGACAAGCACCCGCGAUGGGUAUGGACGUCGCAAGUGCCACACCGUACAUGAAUAUAAAUAAUCUCCCAGCACCAGCAGCUCCUGCGGAUCAGGCGAAACUUCCCGAUCCGCGCGCGACGCAGCAGAUCGGAUUCAAUCCGCUUCCCGUAGCGCAGCAGAUGCCGCCGCAGUACUAUCCCCCCGUCGCGGCGUACCAAUACCCGCAGAUGUCGCCCCCCCAAGCCAACAUGCUUCAGCAGCAGCAGGGGUACGCACCGCCGUCGGCCCCCAUGUUCGCGAAGACCUCCAUGCAGCAACCACUCAUGCAGCAGCAGCCGCAGCAGGCCGCGCAAGCCACAGCCAAAGCGCUCAAGACCGGUCCCCCGCCGGCGCCGCCAGGCAGUGUGGAGAUGACGGAACCCAAGACGGCGGAGGGCGCGGUCGAGAAGAAGCACGCGAAAAAGAAAGCCAACGUGCACGCGGUUCCCGGCAAGGGCCGUGGGGGCGCGCUGGGCGCGCUGAUGAUGGUCGCUUCGGUAGUUGCCGCGGAAGAGGACGACGAGGACGACGGGCAGCCCAAGCAGUCGUUUAUGGAAUUGAUGGAGACGAUCGAGCUGCCCUUCAUCAUCCGGGUACCGCUGAACUACAUCAUCUUGCCCAUCGUCGACGCGUUGUUGUGGAUAUCCUGUGCAAAAGUAUCGUACUCGUAUUGUCAUCAUGCAUUACAAAUCCUGUUCUUAAGGCAAAUUAGCAUUGCAAAUUUUAAUUCUCAUGCUGAGGAAAUUUGUAAUGCAUUUAUACGAGUGCGAUACAUACUUUUGCACUGCAUAGUGGAUUUGGUUCACGAUUUUAUGGCGCAUCAUCAAGUUGAUCCUGAUCGGCCCCUGCUGGCUGAUCUACCACGGGGUUUGCUUUUGCCUCGGCGGAGGCGACGAGCUGAUUUACUGCGUGUACGGGGUCGCCUUAGCGUUUUUUGGCGGGCAGUACCACACCGCAACCGCCGCGAUUGCCGCGUUCAACAUGGGCGGGGGCGGCGAGAUUUUGGAACACUUCGCUGCGAUCCGCGACAACAUCAAGUGGAUCGCGCGGCAGACUACGAUGGACGACGAGGAGGACCUGGAUGGGGACGGGGUCGCGGACGUGCACCAAAUCUCCAACCGGGAGUUCGUGAAGCGGAAAAUUCUCCUCUUCCUCGAGCACUGCGAACCCGGGCGGCUCACCGACGCGAUCAUGGCCACGUACGGAGGUACGGUGGGCGUGUUGCUUACCGUCAACUGCGCGGCCGCCGCUUUCACUAGUCUCGGCGUGUCUAUGGCCAUGCUCUCGGGAAAAAUCGCCGCCUACACACUAACGCCACUCAUCCUCAAGUGGAUGCAGGGAAGAUACAAGUACAUAACUUAACAUUAUUAUCUUGGGAGUGCUGGAGUCUCUGCUGACAGUACUAACGUGCACAACUGUAUUUAUUUGUAUUGAGCAGAAGAUGCUGAAGAAAUAAGAAUAGUUGUUUUGUUCUGACGGUAAAAUCAAAAAAAAAAUUGCAAAAAAAAUCACAAAUACUCUGAAACAGGCAAUGGGUGCACACGUUCGUGAAUUACAUCACGAUUUUCGUCUGCCUGUUCCUCGCGUUCUACUUCCAGGAAGUGACGUACCGACUGCAGUCCGCGCUGAACGGGGGGUGCAUUUUCGCCGAGAGCGCGCUGUGCUGGUACUACCGGGCGGUGAAGCCGGAUCCGGAUUUCGAUCUCGACACCACCAUGCUGGACGAAUACAUCGGCUGGUCGCUGGCCGCGGUCGGGUUGGUGUUCCAAGUUUCCGACCACACGCACACACUGGAAUGGCCCUACAACAUCUUCGUCACCCCUUUGUUGUUCGUUACCUGGUUGGUCAACUACCUGGCCGGCGUUCUGCUGGGCUGAGUGGAAGACUCCAGACACAGACGGAUGCUUCUACUUUUAGUUCUUCAGCCUUGCUAGGUAGCCCCAACUCGAAGAUUUUUGUAUGAAUUAUCUGCAGUUGUAACAGCUAUUUGCGUUAUUAUGGAUUUACUUACUACCACACCCUCCUCUGUUUCGUGUCAGAAUGAGUAUGGCUGCAUUUUUUAUUAUUUUGCAGUUCGCAGCGGGGUCCGCAAUUGCAAUUCGAAUUCCAAUUUGUUUCCUUUUAUUCCACACGUGUUUCAUAGAGAAUGUAUCUGUUGGUUACAAUACCCCAUCUUUCGCCUAAGAUCGUCGGCCGCUUUUCUAACCUAGUCGAUUUUAUAUGUUCCAAUCUACUUCUGCUGGCACUGGCAGCAAUAGCAUGUGAACAUACUAACGCAGUGGCAGACGAAGAGGCUUCACUCCUAUAUGAUGCGCACACAGAAUCUGGAACCCACUGUUUAGAUGAAUGUAUCAUGAGUGAGAAUUUCAUUUUGUUUUUGACGACCUAUGCAGUGUGGCCCUUCACGUUCAGCUUCAGUAGUAAAUGCACGAGCCACUCUCCGCCGGUAAGUAAUAGACUGCGGGUGCGCACUGAGAUUUUGUUGUUUUCCAGAUAUGGUCGACGCAUGAUGGUGUCAAGGUCAAGAAUGUGUGAUCAACAAAGAGAAUACAUGUCCAAAGACGAUCGAGUAUGUAGGAAUAACUACUUAUAACUACUGGAGCUGACCGCCCCGAUCUCAUCGCAACUUUGUUGGACGGAUCAAUCGGAGCCAAGUUCGGUUUCUAUUGUUAAGUACAAAAGCCUAUGCUUAAUUAUCUCGAGCGAAAACUCGGUUUUUG